CAUCAAAAUUAAUUCAAUUACUCCAAGAUGCAGUUGCUGGCUGUGAUACUAGUGCUAAUCCUGGCCAGCUUGGCCCAUUGCCGACCCACUUUCGGCAAGAUCGCCGAGGUCUUGCUAGGGGUAUUGGAUGAUCGACCAGCAGGGCAUCAUCAGGCAGGAGGAGGCUACCCACAUCCAGGCUAUCCACAUCCACAUCCUGGACCGGGUCCACUUAUCCAAGAGGGCUACGAGCAUGGGUACGACUACCACUAUGGCGGAGGCUAUGAGCAUGGUGGCUACCAGCAGCAGGCAUCUUCUCCUGGCUAUGGAUACUAUCCACCACCGCAACGGGUUCCUCCUCCAAACGCCUACUAUCCAUCGCCUGACCACUACUCGCAUUACAACCACCACCCACCACCCGCAUCUCCGCCUCAUGGAUACUAUCCCCCCGCAGCAGUGUACAAGGCACAGGAUCUUUAUGGAGGCGGCUACAAACAAAGGGGUUACUAGCGUUCAUCUUUUAGAGCCCCCAUCCCAUUAAAUCUCGUGCCGUUUCAUCUUUUUGUUUAUGUGUAAUUUAUUAAAAUACUAAUUUACGUCAA